ACGGGGGGGGGGUUGGCCGGGCGCUGGGCGCCAGGUCCCGGAACCGGUCGCGGAGGUGGGAUCUCAGCUUUGAUGUCUCCGCCCCUGCCGGCCUCUGGGUUUAGAAACCAGCUGAGCAAGAGGCAGCAUGAGUGAGUCCCAGGGUCUGCUGCGCGCCUUGAUGAGGCUCUUCUCGAAAGAACUGAAGCAGCAUGUGGGCACGGACCAGUUCGGGAACAAAUACUAUUACAUCCCGGAGCGCAAGAACUGGCUGGGACAAACUAUGAAAGAAAGAAGACUCAUGGAGGCAAGAAAUAUGAAAGAAGUAGACUACAGAGAAGGAGAUAUUCCAGCGGAAUGGGAAGCUUGGAUUAGGAAAACAAGAAAGUGUCCACCUACCAUUGAGGAAAUAAUGAAGAAUGAGAAAUAUAGAGAAGAUGUUAAAAUAAAAAUCAAAGACAUUUCUGAAAAAGAAAAACUUCCAAUCACAGACAGCAAGGAGAUGCUUGUUGCUUCACCAGUUCAAAUUCAAAUUAAAGGUCAUGCUUCAGCUCCUGACUUUGGGAAGAGUGAACCGUCAGAAGACCCCAGUAGCACUGGUAAAACCUUCCAACCAGGAUCCUGGAUACCUCGAGAAAGCAGUAACCAAAAUAAAUGAACACAUUUGCUAUGGGUAAAAUCUUUUCAAUUAAGUGGACAUGAUUAUUUCAACAACUAAAAAUAAAAGCAGAUGUGAAAAACGGAUCACUUUGUAUUUUCUAGAUGUACAG